GCUGAAGGAAAGUCACUGAGAUCGGAUCAUGUCAGGCAGGAACCCAGGAAUCGAGCUGGAUCUAGCAUGGAUCUCCAAAGCGCAGGUGAACCAGCCGGCGGUGCUGCGACGAGCAGAACAAAUCCAGACACGGCGGACGGUUAAAAAAGAUUGGCAGGCUGCCUGGCUGCUGAGAGCUGUAACCUGUAUCGAUCUUACAACUCUCUCAGGGGACGACACCCCAUCAAAUAUUCACCGGCUCUGCUACAAAGCCAAGCACCCAAUCAGAGACGAUCUGCUGCAGAAGUUGAAAGUGGAAGAUUUAGGAAUCACCAAUGGAGCUGUUUGUGUGUAUUCUGCUCGGGUACAAGAUGCCGUCCAAACCCUGAAAGAGAUUGGCUGCAGUAUCCCAGUGGCAUCAGUGGCCACAGGCUUCCCCGCUGGUCAGACCCCACUGAAGACUCGUCUGGAGGAGGUCCGCAUGGCAGUUGAAGAUGGAGCUUCAGAGAUUGAUAUUGUAAUUAACAGAACUUUGGCUCUAACUGGCCAAUGGGAAGCUUUGUAUAAGGAGAUCUGUCUGUUCCGCCAAGCCUGUGGUGAUGCUCACAUGAAAACCAUCCUUGGAAUAGGAGAACUUGGCUCCCUCACCAAUGUCUACCGAGCCAGUCUGGCCGCCAUGAUGGCAGGCUCCGAUUUUAUCAAGACCUCCACUGGAAAGGAGUCGGUUAAUGCCACAUACCCCGUGGCUAUAGUCAUGGUGCGGGCGAUCCGAGAAUUUUACUGGAAAACUGGCAUCAAGGUGGGCUUUAAACCUGCUGGUGGAAUUCGAAGUGCCAAGGAGGCUCUGGUCUGGCUCUCCCUGAUUAAGGAGGAACUGGGGGAUGAAUGGCUGAAUGCGGAAUUAUUUCGGAUUGGAGCAAGCUCCUUGCUGGGCGACAUUGAGAGACAGAUUUACCACCAUGUGACCGGGAGGUAUGCAGCCCACCAUGAUUUGCCAAUGGCCUGAACCACCAAUGGACAUGUGAGCGUAAAAAGCUUUCUAAUUGGCCACGGGAUCGCAGAAUAAUCAAAGGGAAAAUACAAAUCUAUGUACUGUAUAAAACAAAUGACACAAGAAUAUGUUGUGUGUACUUCAUUCUCUCCAUGAGCCCAUUCAGAGUGCGGGAGAGAAACCGCAGGCUUGGGGUGCCUUUGGCUGUAGGAGCAAGUUGAGUUCACAAACACUGUUGGGAUCUUCAUCUAGAUGGUAUCACAUUUAUUGAAUCAAAUUAAUGCUGCCAAAUUAGUGCAACAUGGUGCUAUGAAACCUGCUUACUAUCCCAACUUCCAACAUUUAGUUAUCAGAUCCAAACCCUAGGUCUUUUUGCCUCCAAAAAAACUCCAACUGUACUGUGUUCCCAUCAUUGUCUUUAUCUCCAGUCCUACCACAAUAUGUCUCUGUGUUCUACCUCAGAAUUCCCUGUCCUACUCAGUAGGGUGGGCCCACUUGCAUAGGUAUUUCCAUGGGAAUGAGAUAAGUCAUAGACAUUUAGUUUUUCCUUCAUUGUUAGAGAUAGAUCUAGAGGUUGAAUCCAAACACAAAAUCACUGAAUCAAAUUUGGGGAAAUAACGGAAACCAUAAAGCAGGGGUGCCCAUACUUUACUAAUACAGGGUCUACUUUUAGUGAUGUUGUCCCAUUAUGAUCUACAUCCAUAAUAUCACUGUUAGCCUUCUGUUCCAUAGAAAAUAUUACUUAAAUAUAAUAUUGAUUUAUAAGAGAAUUUAUAUUGCUGUAGUUAAAAAACAAUUAUUUCUUAUGUAACAGAAUAAAUAUCUGAAUGAAAUGAAUAAAACAGAAGGGUAAUUUAGUCGAGCUGUUUGUUGACAGUAUCUUGAGAUCUACUGAUCACAAACUAAAGGUCUACCUGUAGAUCCCGAUUUACCUUUUGGACACCCCUGCCAUAGAGAAAUGUAGCAAGUGCAAUGUUCUCCUGAUUGGGAAACACAAGCACCCUCCUCUGUUCCUUAGUGCUCAGACAUAAUUCUAGACUGAGUGGGGUUGAACCCCCAUAGAAGGAUACUCUUGGAACCCCCUGUUUUGCCAUCUGAGCCCUGGAAGUGGGUGGAACUGCUGGUCGCCAUAUCUUGUGUCGUUGUCAUGUACCACCCUGAUUGGCCUAAUUUACCUCAAUAAUUGUUCUCUUACAGCAGCAAAUAAAGUGCACUUUAAUACCA